GCAAGGCUAUGAAGUGAGGAACAACAGAGCCCAGAUAUUUCAGCAAAGACAAUAGACUCUGAUAGACCCUUAUUUCAACCACACACCAACGUGAUGGAGGACAGGCAGGUUCGCCUCGGCAGCCCCGGCGGCAGCCCCGGCAGCCUUGAGGCUGAUCAUUAUGCCACCCCCAAGCAGCAGCACGAAGAUGUGCCAGCCACCACCAGUACCCCUGCCGUACGCCGGUCAGGGCGCAACCGCAAGAUACGGGGUCAAGACCUUCUCAUGGGGGAUGCUGGUUCUGAGGACGAGCUUACCUCAUCUCCGGCAGCCCAAAAGUCUCCAGAUCUGAAAGAACAGCCUCGGCGAAAUCCUAAACGAAAGGCUGCUCCAGAAAUAUUCGACAUUCCUGAUGAUCUGCUCGAGGCAGCCCUUGCUCCCGUGUCUCCCGAGGAACUGAAGGAAUGGGAGGGCUGGAGUGAGCUCGAAUCUGAUCCUUCCUUCUUCAAUGUCAUCAUCCGAGAUCUGGGAGUGAAAGAUGUGAAAAUACAAGAGCUUUUCUCAGUUGAUGAGGAUUCUCUUGCCAUUCUCCCAAAACCAGUUCAUGGCUUGAUUUUCCUCUACCAGUAUGUCGAAGAGGAGAGCCAGGUCACCAGUGAAACCGCCGAUGGGGUCUGGUUUGCAAACCAGACAACAUCCAAUGCCUGCGCCACUGUUGCUCUGCUCAAUAUUAUCAUGAAUACCCAAAAUAUCGAGCUCGGAGACAAACUCGGGGAAUUCAAGACCCUAACAGCCAACCUGGCUCCUCCCUUACGAGGAUGGCUCCUCUGCAAUAACAAGUGGAUUAGAACGAUUCACAACUCGUUGGCAAGGCGAUUUGACCUUCUCAACGCCGACCUCAGUCUCGAGAAUGCUGUCGACGUGGCCAAGAAGAAGAGCAAGGCUCUGGCUUCGAAACGUGGCAGGAAGCACAGACUAAACGACGACGCCGCCUACCACUUCAUUGCCUACGUCCCGGUGGACGGCCAGGUGUACCAGCUCGAUGGCCUUGAGAGCAAGCCCCUCCCAAUCGGCGAAUACACCGAUGACUGGACCGCUGUAGCCCGCCCCUUCAUCGAGACCCGCAUGCUACAGUACGAGUCGGAGCAGCUGUCCUUCAACCUCCUCGCGCUCUGCCAAUCCCCGCUCAGCGCCCUCCGCCGCGCCCUCGCCGCCAACAUGCGCUCCCUCGCUAGGCUCGAGUCCCACCGCCUUGCUAACAACAACCACGACCACGAUCACGACCGGGCCAACACUAACCCGACCGGCGCCCCCGGCUCCUCGCCCAUCGACCCAUCCGACGCCGCCCGCCUACGCGAGUUCGGCCUGCGCGAGGCGGACGUGACCACCACCGCCCCACUACCAUCCGCUCUCGCCGCCGCACAAGAGGCAGAGAGGGAACCGGGCGUCCCGGACGGCGAAGAGGAGGAGGCGCGGCUCCGGCAGCUGGCGGCGGAGCAGGCGCGGCUGCGGGCCGAGUACGUGGGCGAGCUGGCGGUAAUGGGUGAGGACGCGCAGCGGGUCGCGGCGCGGAGGGAGGACUACACGCUCGCGAUACACACGUGGGUCGACAUGCUCGCCAGCAAGGGCGUGCUGGCGGAGCUGCACGAGGGGACCCGGGGCUAGGGGCCGGCUUGUUAGCCGUUCGCCUGGCUGGUGGCCCCCCCUGAAUGGGAUGAUGCGGUUUUUGCGGUGGGGUGGUUGGUGGUGGUAGAAGCGUGGAAGCUGGCUGGCUAUCCUUGCUUGCUGGGUUUGUUUUCUUUUUUUUUUUUUGGGGGGGGGGGGUUGCUGCGGAAAUUAUUGCUCCCCAGGAACAGACGAGGCCGUCUUCGGCUGAUGGAAGUUAAGCGCCCGGAUACAUCUUGGGUUGGGACCGACAAGGAUAUCGGUAUAGCUCUAGUCGUCAAUGGGAUAGCCCUUUUAUUCUGAUAGAAUAAGUACUGAGUUACUGCA